UUUACAUCUUAUUUUUGUUCUUAGAUCAUUUUACACUAAAAGUCGUCUGCUGAAAGAUUAAAGCAUGUUCAAGAGUAAUACGUCAACCCAAGUGCACGUGCUGACCUUCCUGUCGAAGACACAUUUUGACAAAGGUCGUUUUGCCGUAAGCGUUGAGGUCAUUCGGAAGAAAACUGUCGACUCUGUUAAACAGAAGAGAAAAGCCGAAGAGCAGGUUUACAUAGAGCAUGAAAAUGUGGUCGGAAGUUGCUCCCCAGAAUUUGAGCUUCCACUGAAGGAAAAGAAGUGCGAUAUUCAGUUUUCAAUAUCCGGGGCUCUGAAACCACGGUCAGCGUUAGAACCGGGGGAGGACAUUCUGGAAUAUAGCGAGUCUUUGGGUGAAUGCAGAAAACAUUUAUCACUGGUUCCCACAUAUGAUGAAAAAAGCGAAGGGAAUGCCACGAUCAAGUUCAAGGUCGACGGUAGAGUGAAGCAUACGGUGACUAUACAUGAAGUACCGACGAUCAGAACGGUCAGCAUUUCCAGUAACUCGAGUUCGUUUGCAGACGUUACAGGCGCAACGUCUAGGCAAACAAGCGUCUUUAGCAGCAGUGUGAGUUCGCAGUCGUUUGGAAGCUUGGAUCCAUCAUUGAGUUACAGCAAUGAUGCCGAUGAUUCAGUUGAUGCAGGUACUGUAAGGGAGCAUAACAGUUCUUCCUCAGGUGACGGGCAUUGUAGUGGUAGUGUUGAAGCCGAUAGGAUACCAGACGACUCUCUUGACCGAUAUCCACCACUGAACCAAGCUAUGGGUAAUUUGGUGUUAAAUAACCCUCGCCAUCCCGGUCCUAAUGUUGUACCUCCAGUCAAUCCAGCUGGCCCUCAAGCUGGUCAGUUUGUACACCUAGGUGUAAAUUAUGUGCGUCCACAAGUUGGCCCUCAAGAUGGUCCUCAAGCUGUACCUCCAAAGGGUCCUCAAGUUGUACCUCCAGCAGGUGGCCAAAAUAUUGAAUCAGCAUACGACAAAAUUCUUUGUAAUGAAUCUUUGAGUACCUUAGCGUGGGCCCUGCCACCUGCUGAUGCUAACCGGUUACUUAUUGGACUUCGGGUACCAAACCCUGUUCUUCAAACAAAUAAGUCGAAUCACCCCGGGGACGUUGUAUCUGCUAACUUCCAAUCCUUCCUCCACUGGAGAUCUCAAAGAAGAUCACAGAAACAAGAACACGAGGCCAGUAACCAAAACAUGUAUGAAGACCUUCUCAUGGAACUUCAUGAUAUGGGUAGGAAGGACCUUAAAGUCGUUCUGAAAAGAACUCUUGAAGCAAACAAAAAACUAGAAAAGAACGAUUUUUCGCACUUAUAAUUCCAUAUAGCUUUGUUAUAUAGCAUGUUUGUAACGCCGCUUUUCAUUGGACAAUUGUGGCGUUAAUAUCAUUCAUGCAGUAUAAGCGAUUCCAUAGAAACUUUUGACAGGCUAUAUGACCGUGUAUAAACGGCUGUUUCCGAGUAGCUCGGGCCAUAUAGGUUUACAAGUCGGUCAUAUAACCUGUCAAAUUCAUUAGCUUUAAUAAUAUAAGAUAUAUAUUUUUCUUAGAUUUUUACAUUUUCCUGAGACCUGCUUGAAUGGAUUGGCUUUUUAAAAUCUAAAAUCGCCCCUAAACGUCACUAUUGCUGACCCGAGUUGUUAUUUAAUUAAUUGUAACAUCAAAUGAGCCGCGUAACGACAAAACCAACGUAGUGCGUUUGCGAGCAGUCUGAUCAGGAUCCAUGCUGUUCGCUAUCAGUUUCUCUACUUGUAAUAGAGUUGGUAAGCGAACAAAAUGUAUCCUACUCAGACUGCGCGGAUGCGUAGGCUGGUCUGGAUCCAUGCUGGUCGCAAACCCAUCAUGUUGGUUUUGUCGUGACGCGGCUCAAAUGAUCUUUAUUUACGAAAUCAUUUAACAAGUUUACAAAUAAAAAUCAUCAAAUUUAUACUUCAUUGGCCGGGGUUAUGCACAUUUCUGAUCAGGUUUAUCAGAUUAUAAUAUCACUAUGACUUUAAAACAUUCUGUGUUAAAAAACCACCUGUCUGCACUGUUCGUCUACAUGCAUAUUUUGAAAUUGUCCGGAAUGAAAAAUGGAACGGUCCGUUAAGAUAUUUGGCAUAAUAUGUGUUAAUAACAUGUUUUGUUCUCUGCAACAGAUGUAAUUCUUUUUCACAAAUUCUAAAGUAAGUUUAUUAGAGGUGUCAAAACUUUAGCCUUCGAUGCUAGUUGGAGAUUAAAUACUUGUCCGGUUUAUUCAUAAUUGCAUACGCCAAAAAGAUUUUUAUUUAGUUCCUUAUACUGCGGCUUGAAUGUCGUCCUUGGGGGACCUUAGUUAUUUUUUGGCUCAUUAACUACUGAAACUGAAAGUGAUUAGCCUUUGCCAACAGUAUAGAGCCGGGUCAGUCUGUACGUCCGUGAGGUGUGUGGCUGACCGGCGCUACGCUGUUGGUAGCUGCAUUUUUAUAUUGAAAUUCCAUAAAAUUGAUUUGACUGUUCCAAAUUCAAAGCAGGGCAAAUAAUAUAUUUUAAGCAGGGUAAAUACAUUAAUAGCAGGGCAAAUACAUUCAAAGCAGGCCAAAUACUUUCAAAGCAGGGCAAAUGCAUUCAAAGUAGGGAAAAUACAUUCAAAGCAAGGCAAAUACAUUCAAGCAGGGCAAAUUCAUUGAAAGCAGGGCGAAUACAUUAAAGCAGGACAAAUACAUUCAUAACAGGGCAAUUACUUUCAAAGCAGGGUAAAUGCGUUGCACAAAGUCAGUAGGCCAUGGUUAGCAUCAUUUCACACUAGAAGUAUAAAAUUAUAUAUAUGAUCGAAAUGUUUGGGAGAAUUUUAUGUUUGCCAUUGUCAUUAGUAAAUCUACAUUAUAUUUUUAUUGUAACUUAUACAUUGUACAUGUUAUAAUGUACAUUAACAUGAAGAUGCAUUAUUGCUUUAACAUUAAAAACUUUUUUUAUGUCUUUAUAUAAUCCUAUACAGAACCUCUAUUUUGUUUCUCUUUAAUGAAUUUUUAAUGAUAUAUUUUAAAUUUCAUUUUAUGACCUUCGAUUUUUUUUCAUUUUAACAGCAUUGUUAUUUAAUGUGUUUCAUGUAUUAUAAUUAUACUCUUUUCCGCACCUCCUUUUUUACUUCUUGUACAUGUUGAUGAUGAUUUCCGCGAGAUGAGGUUGUACAUAUGUAAAAUCUUAUAGAGCAGACGAGAAUUGUUUUUUCUUCUUCUUGACUUUCUGCACCGCUUAAAACUACAUGUACAUGGUAAUUUAUCAAUCCAUGGAGUUAUGAAGAUUAUAAGCCUUAUUGGUUAAAUUUAUCAAGAAAUUAAGUUUAAAUUGUUAUCAUAAUAUUCCUACAAUGCCUUGCAUAUUUUAGAGUGUAAAUUGUAUGUAGGUAAGUCAAGAAGAAUAAAAAUAAUGUAAGAAAAUGUAUAUGUAUGUUUUUAUAAGGUAUAUGAGAUCUAUUAAAGAAACUGACAACAAAUUGAAA